AUGACUCAACUGUUACUUGAUCUAGAUCUGAAAAAGGCUGAUGGCACUGUUAAAAAAGCAUCGGAUGCGCUGGCUGGCAAACGAAUUGUGGCAUUGUAUUUCUCAGCACAUUGGUGUCCACCUUGUCGACAAUUUACUCCUAUUUUAAAAGAGUUUUACGAAGAGGUGGGUGAUUCUGAUAUUGAAGUAAUAUUUGUCUCUUUCGAUGAAUCAGAGCAGGAUUUAAAUGAUUAUUUGAAAGAGUCACAUGGAGAUUGGUAUCAUAUUCCAUUUGGUUCGAGUGCGAUCAAUACUUUGAAACAAACAUAUGACGUGUCUGGUAUUCCCAUGCUUAUUGUUGUAAGACCCAAUGGUGAUGUUGUUACUAAAAAAGGCAAAGCUGAUGUUAUGGGCAAAGCGCCUAAGCAGACAUUGUCAGGUUGGUUGGCAGCCGCAGGACACUAG